CAGUUAGUUGGCUCCUUUAUUGAACGCCUUAAGAAUACAUGUGGACCUGAAUUUGAUGUAGAACGCAGUUGCAUUUCCUCAGCUAAACGCGUGGCAUUUAAUGGCGAGGAAUGCUACUUGUUCAAUAAUCGGAUGCUCCAGAGGAUUCACCCUAAUCUUGGAGGUCCUUUCAAUUUGAUUCCAAGGAUUACCAAUUGAUUGACGAACUUGCACUCACUCUGUUCUCAAUUGAGAUAUCUUUGCUCAAGUUUUGUUGCGUGUUUGCACAAGGAUUUCAGAAAAUUGCAGUAAUUCGGUUCAAAUUGUACUAAAUUUGAUCAUUUUGUCUAAGAAUUUGGUUUAUAUUGAGCCAGCUUUUGGUCAGUUUGUAUGUUGAUCCUGCAGAGUCCCGCGGCUACAGAGCGGACUCUGAUUCCGCACGGCAAAUUAUACUGCCCUAGGCGGGAGAUUCCGAAGCAGAAAUUGAAACCCUGGGUGGGAAUCAGAGGAUGGCAAUUGAGGCCAAAUUUGGCGAGAGUGGCUAUGGGACGAGAUGCUGGUGCGGUGAUUCUGGCCUCGGGUGCGAGUGGCCAUGUAAAUGCCUUGUUUUCUCUCAGAUUUUUUAAGAGACUAGCGCUUUCCAUAUAUGCCCUGUUUCUUUUAAUAAUUUCGUCUGAGAAAACAGAGGAAGGCAAGAGCCAAGCUUCGCAUUUGAAAUCAACUUCGGUGAAAAAAAAAUCUAUUCAGUGGAGAAGGAACAUUCGCAGAGACGAAGAAGAGGAAAAAGAAGUUUGCAGAAGGCGGGCCCUCGCCAUGAAAAGUCGGUCGUUUGAUGGAUCUGCUUGGAAGCAUCAUCUUUUUAUUAGUUCGAGAGGAGAGACUCUUUUUACUCAGUCCUGGACGCCACUAAAUCGGGAUGCAAAGGCAUUGGUAAUUAUUUUACAUGGCCUCAAUGAACACAGUGGGAGAUAUACACGUUUUGCAAGGCAAUUGAACUCUUGUGGUUAUAAAAUUUAUGGCAUGGAUUGGAUUGGCCAUGGUGGUAGUGAUGGGCUGCAUGGAUAUGUACCAUCACUGGAUCAGGUUGUUGAAGGCACGAAAAUGUUCCUACAAAAAGUAAGAUCAGAGAACCCUGGAGUGCCAUGCUUUUUGUUUGGCCACUCAACAGGUGGGGCGAUUAUCUUGAAGGCAGCAUUAGAUCCUAAUGUCAAGAAAAUGGUACGAGGAAUUAUCACAACUUCUCCAGCACUGCGUGUGUGGACCUCACAUCCAAUUUUUGUGGUAAUUGCACCAUUUUUUUCUCUUGUUUUACCAAGGUAUCAGUUCAAUGGAGCAAAUAAGAGGGGAACAGCUGUAUCUCAUGAUCCUGAAGCACUUAUUGCCAAGUACUCUGAUCCACUAGUAUACACUGGACCAAUUAGAGUGCGAACAGGCUGUGAAGUACUACGUAUCUGCUCAUUCUUGCAACAGAACAUGAAAAGAGUAACUGUUCCCUUUUUAGUCCUCCAUGGAACUGCUGACACCGUGACAGAUCCUACUGCAUCUCAAGAUUUAUAUGAUCAAGCAGCUUCAAGACAUAAAGCAAUAAAGCUUUACGAAGGACUUUUUCAUGAUUUAUUGUUUGAACCUGAGCGAGAUGAGAUUGUCAGUGACAUCCUUGAUUGGAUGGAUAAUAAACUGGAGUCCUAAUAUGGUCCACGUUGGUCUCUUUGCCCCUCUCCAUUGCAAGAAAAUAUAAACAAAUUUCUUGUUUUAAAAAAUUUAGUCUUUCUAUGACCUCGUCAUGGGAAAAUAACAUUUUAUUAGUGGUAUUUAUGUAAUGAAGAACUGAAAGCCAGUUGAUCACCAUCAGCUGAUGUUCUCACCUUUAGAUUGACAACUUCAAUAAGAAUUGAAGUCAUGUCAUUUCUUCCUUGACUAGAAAAGUUCUGUGGUUUUAUGCUCUUGAUAGUUUUGAUCA